AUGCCCCCGGCGCAUUCACGACACCCGAGCGCUUCUUCGAUUACAUCAGGCCCCGGCCCUGUUAAUCGCGCGAUGCCGCCGCCUACAUCCCCUCCUCAGCAGGGACCGCCUCCUCAGGGCCCGCCGCCGCCGUCCCACCAGCAGCAGCUUCAACAACCGCCGUCGCAAGCGCAUCCGCAACAACAUCCCCAGCAACACAUGCAGCAACAACAACAUCCGGGUCCUCAUCAACAGCAGCAGCAGCAGCAACAGCAGCCACCGCAGCCGCCACACCCUUCUCAACAAGGCCCGCCGCCGAAUGCGCACCAGAUGGGUGGAUCCUUUGGCAUCCCGCCUCCUCGAGCUCCUCCGGUCGCGAUCGGGCCGCCGAACGCGUUUCCUAGGGACCGCCAGCUCCCUGCCUUAGAGUCUCUGCCAAGGACCGGUUCUGGAAGCAGCAUGUCCAUCUCCUCCAUGCUUGGUGGCCCUCCACCAGCUCGCGAUCCCGGCGUUCCUGCCGGUCCAUACCCGCCUGGACCUCCCUCGGGCGUGUCAGGUCCGCCGUAUAACCAACCCAUGCAUGCAUCCCCCCGAAUGCACACGAUGGGAGGUCCAGGCCCCGACUUUGGCUUCCGCCGACCACAGACGCCCGACCGCCAUAGACUGUUCGACGGCCGCGAUCCUCGAGACCCGCGUGACCCACGAGACCCGCGCGAUCCUAGAGACCCCCGAGAUCCUAGAGGAGAUGCCAGGGACCCUAGAACGGGCAUCGCUGCGUCGCCCUCGGGUGGCUACACCCCGGAAGUGCAGCGUUAUGGUACACCGCAGGUCUACAGCAAUAGGGGCCCGCCGCUAACUGCUGCAGAACAAGCAAGGGAGCAGGCACGUAUGGCUGGGACUGGGGUGCCGCCGCGGCCCAACAGUCAGCCCAAAUCCUUCCCGAACGCUCCUCCGCCACGUCCAUUGGAAAUGGGCAGACCACCGCCAAACGACAUGUAUGGACAUAGGGAGGACAGGAGAGCGGUCGAAGAAUACAACCCCGAACGUCCCAUUCGAGUGCCCAACUACGAGGAACAGCGGUUCAUGACUGAGAGGGAACGGCAAGAGAGGGAGCGCCAGGAACGAGAAUUUCAAGAGAUGCGUGAGAGGGAGCGCCGCGAGAGGACCAUGUCGGGGAGUGACGCUGGACGGCCACACCCAAUGCAACAAGCCGAAUAUGCCCGCCAGAUGGAGCAUCAGAGAGCGCCUCCUCAGUUUGGCCGACCUCCUGAUCCACGAGAGCAAGGCCAUUGGCAUAGGCCGAGCUUUGAACAGCCGCGAGGCCCCUACGAUCAGCCCGGACACAUGCCCAGGCAUCCGCACGAGCAUCCGGUGACCACUGCGCCCCCGUACAGUGGCCACCCGUCGUAUGCGACGGGUCCGCCGCCGGAUCGAUAUCCUCCGUCGUCGCUCCCGCCCCAUCAACAACACGCCAUGGCAGCUCAUGGCCCGGGUCCUAUGCAGUUUGAGUCUCCGGAACAACGACAACGGAUGAAUAUGAUGCAUAUGGAGCAACGGCAACAACAGCAGCAGCAACAACAACAGCAGCAACACCAGCAUCCAUAUUAUAUGCAACACCAGCAGCUCCCCCCUCGCACCAGAGAAGACCAGCCAGUGCCCCCUCCGUCAGUCGCCUAUAGUGGUGUGGGUACGGGCUCGUUGUACGGUUCCCCGAGGACUCGUCAUAUGGAAGAACUGGCUCCCCCUGGACAUCAGCGGAACUUGUUGGGCAUUCAGGAGAUCAAUCGCAAGGGCCGCAUUUCGCCUUUGCCCCAGGCUGUCCAGGGUGCCCAACCCCAGCUGGCCGGCCCAACAGGCGAACCUGGUAUCAAGAGCGAGUUCGGACGCAUGUUUUCCGGAAUCGGUACCGGUGUUGGCGCUAUGAGCCCUAUUCCCACAGGAUUGGGAAUGCAGCAGCUUCCCUUUACUGGGUCCACCUUGAUGCGUCGUGAGGAUUCCGACGGAGUCCCACAACCUCAAGAAGUUGCCGAGCCUGGACCCAAGGGCCCUGGCCGUGGUAAACGUAGAAAGCUCAAGGACGACGAAUCCCGAAUGGACGAGGAUAGCACAGGGAGGUUGACUCCCGUGGGGGGUCGCGGCAAAAAAGCCAAGACUCAUCAUACCCACCACCAUCAUCACCAUCACCAUCAUCAUCACCGGCAUGAUCUCCAGCAAGGCCCUGGGCCUGCGCUCAUGGGGAAUACGCCGUUCAAGAACGUGACUGGGGCACCAUCCGUGCCUCCGCCCAAUGCAAUGCUUUCUAAGGAUUUGCCGACGACUCAUCAUCAUCACCAUGUCGUUCCUCGAUCGAUGCCUCAUCCCAGCAACGGUCCGGCCAAAGCAGCUCUGGUACAACCCCCGAGUCCUCCUCCGGUCCAGCUCCCCAAACCCAAGCAUGAGGUCAGAUCAAAAGACGUGCUGAAAAGCGUGGCCCAUCUUCCGCGGUCACACUUGGGUGAGGUUGUGUACGAUCCCAAGCUGUCGCCAUCGCGCAGGCAGGAUUCACGCACCAAACGGCCACCUCGUCAACCUUUCAAGUCGACCCCUCGGCCUUUGCCAUGGGAUUUGAUCCAGGGCAAGGAAAAUUGCACCUUGACGGUGAAGAUCAGCAAGGCCCAUCUCACCCCCGAAGCCCGGGAGGAGAUCACUGCCAGGAGAGCUCUCUGGGGUACCGACAUCUACACUGACGACUCGGAUGUAAUUGCUGCCUGCAUCCAUGCUGGUUGGUUCAGAGGCGAGUGGCCGGAGGAAGUGGAUACAGCCUUUCUGGGCUUGGACGAGGCAGUUAGUACCGCCUCGGACAUCCUCACAAGCAUGCGUAAUGGUCCUCAGGCGACCAAGGAUGAGGCUGGCUCGGAGGUAUACUCUCAACCCCCUCCGAAUGGCCCCAUGGCUGUGCCAGCCAACCGCGAUCUUCACGUGACCCUUCUCGUACUCCCCAAGCUCGAAAAGUACGCCUCCACCACGCGCUUCGGUAUCAUGAGCCGCGAAUGGGGCAGCGUCCUUGAAGAAGGCGACGGUAUUUACUCACGCUCGUCGCAUGACGGCCUCAGCUUCGCCAUCAUGGAUAUUCGCUGGCUGGUCAAUGGCGCGCAGCCCGUGAACCGACUGAGGGGUAAAGCCAGACGCGAAAGAAUCAACAAGACUCAUCGGGAGAUUGCACAAAGCCCGCCACUUUCGAGUUUCAACAAGCUGGGACAGAUUAGGCUGAGCGGGACGCCGCAGGAGCAGCGUGAGAAGGAGUCUGAUGAGGGUCAGCAGAGUAGCAAGUGGUGGCCGUCGGCCGGGACUGGCAGGAAGGCUGCGGCUGAUGAGGAUAAGGAGAAUCAUGAGCCGGAGAAGGAACCUGAGGAGCAGAGAGAGCAGGACCAGGAUGGGGAUGUGACGAUGGAAUUGGAGCCGGAGGCUCAACCGGUGCAGGAAAAGGAGAAGAGUCAAGAAAAGGAAGACGAGAGGGCUGAAAGUGAAAAGGAGGAUGUCGAGAUGACCGAUAAGCCUGCUGAGACCGAGGAGACAGAAAAGGCAGUCGAGGAAGACAAGGAAGUGGAAACAGCUGGCGAGCCGGAGCCGGAGCCGGAGAAGGAGAAGGAGAAGGAGAAGGAGCCGGAGCCGGAGAAGGAAGCCGAGCUCGAGAAAGCCGCUACCCCUCAACCAGAAGCAAAGGAGGCCGAGUCCGAGCCCAAGCCAGUCAAGGAAGCCGAACCCCAGCCCGAGUCUCCAGCGGUUUCCAACCUUGAUGCCCCAGCUAAACCUCCCGCAGAAGUCGAAAAGACUCCUGCACCGGAACCGGAGACGGAAACGGCGGACGAUAACGACGAUACCAUCGUUGAGGAGCCGGAGGAGGCAGUGGAGGAACCAUCAACGCCGGUAGAGGCAGUCAUUGAAGAGGCUUCUCGACCUAUCCCUGAACCCGAGGUCGUAAAGGCUGUGGUCACGGAGACCAUCACGGAGGUUAGGGAGGCUACGGUACCGCCUGCGGUCGUUGCGGAAGAGUCGGCUAAGGCUGCCUCUCCCGCCGCGCCUGUCGCUCCUGCUGCAGAUGGUGAUCAGGCUGCUGCUGCUGAGCACGACGCAGCUGACGCCGCCGCUGCGGCCAUCAUCACCACGAUUACUAGUACGACCACCACUGCCACUACACCGCUGCUCCUGUCGCUACCCGGUCCCUGCGAUUGA